CCCUGAAGCAGCCCCCAGAUGGGGGCACUGGCGGGUGUGGGUGGGUGUGGGGCAGAGGGGACACGGGGAGAGGAGGGCACGGGGGCAGCCCGAGUGACCCGGGGGCCGCUCUGUCUGUGCCAGGGGUCCUAGAGGAAGCCGAGUUCUACAACAUCGGCCCGCUGAUCCGCAUCAUCAAAGACCGGAUGGAGGAGAAGGACUAUCCCGUCACACAGGUCCCCCCCAAGCACGUGUACCGCGUGCUGCAGUGCCAGGAGGAGGAGUUGACGCAGAUGGUCUCCACCAUGUCAGACGGCUGGCGCUUCGAGCAGCUGGUGAACAUCGGCUCCUCCUACAACUAUGGCAACGAGGACCAGGCUGAGUUCCUGUGCGUGGUGUCCAAGGAGCUCUACACCUCCCCGCACGGGCUGAGCUCUGAGUCCAGCCGCAAAACCAAGAGCACGGAGGAGCAGCUGGAGGACGAGCGGCGGCAGGAGGUGGAACAGGUGCAGGUGGAGGCAGGUCCCCGUCUGCACCCCUCAGGGCUGAGGCUGCGCUUGCAGCGAGGGCUUCUCCUCCUCGGGGCCCCUAGCCCGCCCCCCCAGAGCCGCCAUCCCUGCUGUUACAAGCCAGAGGCACCCGGAUGUGAGGCCCCAGAUCACCUCCAGGGACUUGGGGUUCCGAUCUGAAAUCCUUUAUUUUUGUACCACGGGGUGGGGCCCCAGCUCCAGGCGGAGGAAGCACUCUCCCCCCUGCCACUUCUGUCUACACCUGCGGGGCUGUGAUCUACCCCUGCCUC